CAAAAGGUAGCAAUGGACAUGAACGUUACAAUGAAGAGGAUACAAAUCUUAUUGGGGGGUUUUUUCCCGACAAGUUUCCAUUAUUAUUACUAUAAAAUGUGUUUAAUGUCAAACUAGAUUAGUGAGUUUACGAGCGUCCAUGAAGGCAACAUGUCACCAUGGCAACUGAACGCCGAGACUUCAGUGGCAAAAGUGCAUUUAGCGUUUAGCUGAGGGAAAAUAAACUCGCGUAGCUUAUGAAAUCAUAAAACAGGCUUAAAAGUGCAAAUACAUGAUGGAGAAACUUGAAGACUUCGAGAGUUUUUUGAAGAAUGUUGACCACAUAAGUCAGCUAGUGGAGCAUUUAAGGUCCUCUGAAGUCGAAGUCCAGCAAAAAGCAAUGGCAGACGCUGAUUGCUACAUUGCUACCUUGGAUGAACCCUGCAGAACAAAAGUCAGCAAGACUACAAUCAACACGAACCCACCAUUACAACCGUCCUUGUGUACACAGAAUGACAGUCCAGAGAAUUUCAUGAAGAUUAUGGAGAAAGAUGCUGAAGACAGGAGAUUAAGAAGAGCUGCAAAAGUGAAAAAGGCUACUGCUCUCAAAGACAAGGGCAAUGAAGCUUAUGCUAAAGAAGACUAUGAAACUGCUGUGAAGUAUUACAGUGAUGGUUUGGUUGAACUAAGGGACAUGCAACCACUGUACACCAACCGAGCACAAGCCUACAUCAAGCUGCGAAAGUACAAGGAGGCCAUCAGUGACUGUGAAUGGGCCCUGAAGUGUAAUGAGAGGUGCAUAAAGGCUUAUCUACACAUGGGCAAAGCAUAUCUGGGACUGAAGAAAUAUAAUGAGGCAAGAAACUGCUUUGAAAAAAUACAGGAAAAUGAACCUGGAAAGGAAAAGCUGGUGAAAGAGUACCUGACCCAGGUGGACUUGGAAGAGGAGCGAGAGAGUCAAGAGAUGAAUGCAAUACAAGAGUUUGACAAAGGAGAGAGGAAGGCCACAACAGUCCCCCAGCUGCUGGAGAAGCUGUCAAGGCCUGGUCAGAUGCCCCUCUACUACUGUGGAGGAUUGGAGUUUCUGUCACAAGCAAUUACUGACUGUACAGGGCAGACCCUUUUCAGGCUGAACAAUGGCUUUAGUAUCAUCAGCAGCAAUGACACAGUGAGGAGUUGCCUAUUGCAGGAAACAAAUGAUCCAGACUGCUGUGAAUUGUGUGUGUCUGUUUUGAAAUUAUGGAGGCUUAUUUGCCGUGGAAAUAAUGAAAACCAGAAACUGUUGCUGACAUGUCCAGUCUCCAGACAGUCCAUUGUUCAGCUGAUAACAUCAGAGCAUGUUGCAGUAGGAAACGAAUGCAUGGCAUUACUAUAUUUGUACUCACAGAUGCCACAUGGCAGAUGUUUGGCCAUUGACAACUUGAAUGUGCACAUGUUAGUGAGGAAUCUCAUGGUGCGCAUCUCGGAGCCAAAACAGCAGCAGGGCAACACAGCGGUCAACAUUCUGAAGAACUUUGCAGCAGAAAUCAGAUUUCGCAUUCACUUAAGAAAUGUGUUGGAAGACUCUGUUAUUGUGCCAUUUACAACAAUGCUGAGAAAUAUCAGCAAGUCCAAUCAUCAUGUCCUUCCGUCACUGAUAUCAGCGGUUGGCUGUAUGGCUCGAGAUGGCAUCAUUCAUCACAGACUUGCUCAUGAUCCAGAAUGUUGGAAGGCCUUUCUGCUUGCCAUUAGGCAGUGCAAUGCUUCUGAAUACAAAGACAUCCUUGACCCUUUACUUGGGUUGAUCAUCAACCUUUCAGCUAUCACCUCUCCAGUCAUCCAGGAGCUUGCUGUUUCACUCUGUGACUGCUGUCUGAGCCUGCUGAGGGAUAGUGACGGAGGAAUCAUAACUAGAGCCGCAGGUGUGCUGAGUGCUGUCCUCCCUCAGUCGUCUGAAGCCGUUGAGCAUGUUAUUCAGGGGGAAGUGGUCCGGACCCUGCGCUGGCUGCUGAAGGGAACAGGGCAGACUGCCACUAAGUAUGCCAUUAAGAUUCUGACAGUGUGCACUGCUGCCAGUCAGUUGGCACGGGAAGAGCUGGUGAAGUCUGAUAAAAAGCUGUCCAUUUUACGUCAUUUGCUGAGUUCCAGCUGUGAUGAGACGGUGUCAGGAAAUGCAGCCCUGUGCUUGGCCCACUGCCUUGACUUGGAGGGAGUUGCCAGCCACCUGCUGGGAACUGAUAUUGUGCUACUGCUGCUGCGACACGCUGCAGGGGACUCAAAAAGGACAGCUGUGCAGCAAAAUGCAGCGAUUGCGCUUGGGAAGCUGUGUCGAUCAGAGCCCAGACAUAUGAACAAACUUCGAGAACUACAUGGCCUUGAGAUCCUGCACUCCUGUGUGAAGCUCAUCUCAUGAACCAGUGGCAGUGGGUUGUGUUUUAAAAUCUCCUUGCUUGACAUCAACCUUGUUUUCUUCUGUAUUCUGUUUUAUGUGUAGAGGCUUAUUAAGCUAUUGGGUAAAAGCAAAAUUUAUGGCAAAUAUUUGUUUCCUUGAUCCUCUUUGGGGAAAAUAUUGUUUUUUUUACUUUGUUAACAUGUCCAUAUGGUAUUUUUACAUGCUGAAAGAUGCAUCAUAAGUGAAAUGAGCAGCGGCAGAGAGUUUCUGUCCUGAACCUGCAGUGUACCGAUGACAGUCUCAAAAACACAGAUUCAGACUUCUGGGGUUUUAUAUGUAACACACCUCAAGAACCAAUCCUGUCGACUUGCAGGGUGGAUUUUUCCAUAUUCUUCUUUAGGUUCUGUUUUCAGUUCAUACAUGUGUGACUGAAUUACUCCCAAUAUUCUAGCUUGCUGUUGUGUAGCGUAUAGUAGUUUUACAGUGCUUGAACAGAGUCAUAGGUGAGCUGGUGUGCUCCAGUUACAGUGAACCGAUGAAAGAUGAGUGGGGAGAGAAGUGGUUACUUAAUCUGCACAUUCCAGAGAAAGCCACAGUGUAGAGCAAAGAGGGAUUAUUUUCAUGGAAAAGACUAAAAAUAUAACACGGUUUCUGGGGAUAUAAUCAACGGCUGGAGGGCGACUUGAAACUCUCAUGAUUAAUUUUAAUUCCAAUGUGGAUUUUGUGGUUCUGUAAGAAAGCUAUGUGUGACUUGAGAAAUAUUAAAGAUUUAUUACAUUUGAAUAA